AUGCCUUUUGCCAAACACCACCUUGAAGACGAUUCUGCACCGACGGGAUUAUUGAGCCAUUUUAGUGGGAAAUCAAAGUCGUUUGCGAAUCUAUUAGACGCUUGCACAAUGAAGGAUCUGGAGAAAUCUGAGAACCCAUUCAACAAGAGGAGGAGAAUUUUGUUGUCGUCAAGGAGAUCUUCCCUCUACAGCUCCUUCAACUCUAAAUCCAUGCCACUGUUGAGAUCAAAGUCAUUUGCGAAUCUAUCAGACGCUUGCACAGUGAAGGAUCUGGAGAAAUCUGAGAACCCAUUCAACAAGAGGAGGAGAAUUUUGUUGUCAUCAAGGAGAUCUUCCUUCUACAGCUCCUUUAACCCUAAAUCCAUGCCUCUGUUGGCUCUUGAGGAAGAUGAAGAUGAAGAAGAUCAUCAUCAACAUCGACAAGGAUAUCAAUUGUCAUCAUCAUCGCCUUCCUCAUCAUCAUUGGGGAAAAAGAAACAGGAAAAAAGAGGUGCGCGAUUUCUCUGGUUGUCGGAGUAG